UUAGGGACACGGAGGGUAUGUUUUGUAGCUGGAUUUCAGCGCAAGGAAAAGAACAUGAUUUGUUCUGCAGGGAUGGGUGAGCAAAUGCAUUUAGCCAGGGAGGAGCGAGGCACUGCUGCUCCUUCCGCAGACCCCUAUUAGGUAUCUCUGCUGUCCAGCAGCCGGGCUGCUGAAACAAAACCUUUAACUGCACAUCACAGAUGCAAGCUAGCUCAAAACAGGGCAUAACCUCCAGUAACAGAACGAAUGGGGCCACUCAGCAAGCUGCCAGUUCCUGCCAGCAGCACCUUGUUGAGGAGCUCAGCUGGACCCAUUUCUAAUCAACAUCCCCCCCCGCCCCCGCCCCCAACAUCUCUGGGUCACUGAAGGAAACCAGACCAGAAUUUGAAAAUUUUCAAAAUUUCAGUAGACACUGAGUGCAAAAGGAUACUUAGGUUGCUUUGCAUAAAUCUGCUCUAAUCGACGGACAUAGCGGGGACAUACAGGUGUUACUUUUACCUAAGAAGUCAUACAAACACAUUCUCCAUUUAAACCUCUGCACAUAGAAUGGAUGAUGGUUAUUGAAACAGCCCGAACCUCUACCACGGUGCACAAGAUAUAGCUUGAGAGGUGACCAGGCAGUCGCGGAACCAAGGAAUGGAUGCUUAUAAGUAUCAGGACAACUAUGAGGGCUACGCCCACACGGACGGUUAUUAUCCCGGCAAUGAGUCCAACCCAGAGGAGGAUGCACAGAGUGAUGUUACCGAAGGCCAUGAUGAGGAGGAUGAGAUCUAUGAGGGCGAGUACCAGGGCAUCCCUCACCCAGACGAUGUCAAGGCCAAGAAGACCAAGAUGGCGUCCUCCAGGGAGGAUGACCUUCGGGGCCAGGCGGACCUGAUGGCUGAAAGGAUGGAAGAUGAGGAGGAGUUGGCUCAUCAGUAUGAGGCCAUCAUGGACGAGUGUGGCCACGGGCGCUUCCAGUGGAUCCUGUUUUUCGUCUUGGGUUUGGCCCUGAUGGCUGAUGGGGUGGAGGUGUUUGUGGUGAGUUUUGCCCUGCCUAGUGCAGAGAAGGACAUGUGUCUGUCCAGUUCCAAGAAAGGAAUGCUCGGGAUGAUAGUCUACCUCGGAAUGAUGUCGGGGGCCUUCGUCCUGGGGGGCCUGGCUGAUAAGCUGGGGAGAAAGAGAGUCCUCAGCAUGUCUCUGGCCCUCAACGCUUCCUUCGCCUCCAUCUCCUCCUUCGUGCAGGGUUACGGGGCCUUCCUCUUCUGCCGACUCAUCUCGGGCAUCGGUAUUGGUGGAGCUCUGCCCAUUCCGUUUGCCUAUUUCUCUGAAUUCUUGUCUCGGGAGAAGCGAGGGGAGCACCUCAGUUGGUUGGGGAUCUUCUGGAUGACCGGGGGCAUCUAUGCGUCUGCCAUGGCUUGGAGCAUCAUUCCGCACUAUGGCUGGGGCUUCAGCAUGGGCACCCACUACCACUACCACAGCUGGAGGGUGUUUGUCAUCGUCUGCGCUCUGCCCUGCACCGUGUCCUUGGUGGCCCUGAGGUUCAUGCCCGAGAGCCCACGGUUUCUGCUGGAGAUGGGCAAACACGACGAAGCUUGGAUGAUUCUCAAGAAAGUCCAUGACACCAACAUGAGAGCUAAGGGGACCCCGGAGAAGGUGUUCACGGUCUGGGAUAACGCUCAGUACUGCCUGCUGGGGCCUUACAGGAUGAACACGCUGGUUCUGGCCGUGGUCUGGUUCACGAUGGCCUUCAGUUACUACGGCCUGACGGUUUGGUUCCCCGACAUGAUCCGGUACUUUCAAGAGGAAGAAUACAAGUCCAAGAUGAAGGUAUUUUUCGGCGAGCACGUGUUUGGUGCCACCAUCAACUUCACGAUGGAAAAUCAGAUCCACCAGCAUGGCAAGCUUGUGAAUGACAAGUUCACAAAGAUGUAUUUCAAGCAUGUUCUCUUUGAAGACACGUUCUUUGAUGAGUGCUAUUUUGAAGAUGUUACGUCCACGGAUACCUAUUUCAAAAACUGCACCAUCGAAUCCACCGUCUUUUAUAACACAGGUAAGAACCGGGGCAGACAGGUCAUUGCACGUGUAGAGGAUUUUUGCUUCAUCCACACCUUGGCGAGCGCCACCUUGACUUUGAAACUGUGUGAUGGCCAGAGGCUGGUGCAGGCUGCCCAGUCCGUCUUGCCGGGGAAUAUCAUCUCCGCCCUGCUCAUGGAUAGGAUCGGGAGGCUCAAGAUGAUCGGUGGCUCCAUGCUGAUCUCGGCGGGCUGUUGCUUCUUCCUGUUCUUCGGCAACAGCGAGUCGGCGAUGAUCGGCUGGCAGUGCCUGUUCUGCGGGGCCAGCAUCGCGGCCUGGAACGCUCUGGACGUGGUCACCGUGGAGCUGUACCCCACCACCCAGAGGGCAACCGCCUUUGGCAUCCUCAAUGGAUUAUGCAAAUUUGGAGCUAUCCUGGGAAACACCAUCUUUGCUUCUUUUGUUGGGAUAACCAAGGUGGUCCCCAUCCUCCUGGCUGCCACCUCUCUCGUUGGGGGCGGCCUGAUUGCUCUUCGGCUGCCAGAGACCCGAGAGCAGGUGCUGAUGUGAACGGGCCACGGGAAGAGGAAAUGUCGGAAGAACCUUUCCCGGGGACCCUCAGGGCAUCCACACUUCCUGUCCGUCACCGCCCAGAGGACUUUGGAAGCGCAGGAGGAGAUGUUGACUUUGUGACCCCUAAUCUAGGACCCAUCUCAGCUUUAAGAUGUUGGUAACUCAGGUGACCGAUUUGGGGUGUCCUGAGCUGCCCUGGUAAUCAUGGAACUGUUCGCUUGGUUCUAGGUCGCCCCAGCCCACGGCAGGGGAGGAGGAAUAACACCUCCAAGGGGGGUGCGUGCUAAGCAAGGAGGUGCAAGGAUGUCUUUGCACUUGAAGGUGGAUUUGAGCGUGAGGACACUCAAGCUCCUUCAUAAAGUUCUUCAGAGCCCAGUGACCUUACAACAUGUUAUCUGGGCAAGAAGUUAGCAUCGUCGUAUAAAUAUUGGGCUUGAAGUACAGGGUCCAUAUAUUUUUUUGCAUUGAAAAGAAUCACCUAUCAUAUUUUCCAUUUGAAAAUUGGCACCGCCGCGGGGAAGAUAUGCUGAUAUAGAAAAACAAAUAUUUGAGCAUUAUCUAUAGAAACCUACUCCCUACCCCAAGGGUCCUGAGCUUUUCAGGACGAUUAGGUGAUACAUUUAAGAAAGAUAUUUAUCCCUUUUCGAUCUAGUCAAAGAAGCCUAAUGGGAUAGGUAUUCUGUGAAAUAACUUUGUACAUACUCUAUUUGGGUUUUGUUCGCAGACAUGGUAUCUGCAAACAUGUGCCAGCAAUUAUAUAGCCAUAUUUUGGGAGGACUCGGGGAUUGAGGUCCCGGGAAACUGGGUCCGAUGGAAUGAAAUGCAAGCACAAUUUCUUAUAGCCAUUCAGCUUGCUGUGGAGAGAUGCACUCAGCAGACCCACAUCGCACAGUUCGUGGAGUUUAGGCACAUCUCUUCGUGUAGCCUCUCUCACACUGAUCGCUUGUGAAACUCAAGCUCGCUGUCUGCGGACCUGGCAUUUGACGUUGCUGCUUCCCCAGAACAACAUGGGAGGUGCUCGGUGGCCUCUGGUGUCUGUGGGUGAGCAUCAAACACGGGAGACAACACGCGGGAUGGAGGGAGAAGGGAAGUGUCCCCACAGCUCUCCAAAGUGCUAACUCUCCCUGUUCCUUUCAGCAGCAAGACACGACCCAGAGUUGGUCCCAUGAGAAAUCGAUGCUUUGUGUUUCGGUCCAGGACUUUUUUUUUUUUCAUCUCCCAUUUCCCCCCACUUUGCCCCGCUCCUUCCAGCCCCUCCUCACCCCUCCAGGUCUUCACUGCCCUAUUGCCCAUGUCCAUGGACUAUGCCUAUAAGUAUAUACGUUCUUUGAUUUAUUCGGUCCAGGACUUUUAAAGCAGAUGCCAUUGCCAUGGGAGUAGGGAGUGUCAUGGAUCUUAAAUACGUUUUCCUUGAGAGCUCUAAGGGGACUCCUUCGUGAGACCCAGUUUGGACAUGAAUUGGGGGUAAGAGUGGGGUGAGGAGCAGAGGACAAACGACGUUGGCAGGGGUCAGCAGUGGACUGAAGUGUGGACGAGAGAAAAGGCGGACGUUGUGUCCAUGAGAACUGUCCUGCGUGGAGGGGCAGUGAGCUAUGGACGCGCGCCACUGGCGGUGAGCGGCAGCCUGAAGAACGCACGCUUUGAGGCGAUAAGCGAGGCGAUAAGCGAGACGCUCAGGCCUGCAAGGUGCCCCUUUCCCGACCAGCGGUCUCCAAAAAUCUUAAACACAGUGAUGAUGGCUCGCCACGUGCUGUCUCAGGGUUUGAGAGGCGCUCGGGUCUCAAGACAGCUGGGGGCCGUCUUACUGUGGUUCCCUGGAGUGACUGACGGUCGGUCGAGAGCACCUUUCUACCCUCAAGCCGAGAUCGGUUUUACUGGUUAAAAUAUUUCCUCUGCUUCUCUUGUGUCCCACCCCUUUGUUCACCUUUAUUUUUUCUGUACAGCGAAGACACAUGGGCUCUGAUUUGCCAUCCUGAUCCUCCCAACUAUAUACAUACGCCACUGUGGGUUAGUGUUUCUUCCAGGGCUUUGCAGACGUCACCUAACAGGAAUGCUAGGUGGAUGAGGAGAGGCCCGGUGUAACAUAGCUGUAAUAUACUCGCCACAUUCUUAGGAUGUGAAAUGCAGUGGCUAGUUUUCUGCAAGAGCGCCGUGUCCACCUGGAAUGACUACAGCCCUCGUAGCACUGUUCUUCAAUGCAUUCAAUGAGCAGCUAGCACGUGAGAAAUUCACAAGGCCGUUAGAAGCUGCAUUUCUUGUUACGGUGGAUCUUGUAAAUCUAAAACGUGAUUGCUUUUUUAGUGUUGGGGUGGCUGCCAUAAUUUUGGGGUAAGCUCCCUUUGAUGUCCGAGCGCUAACUUCUGCACUCUCUUUCUGGCUCCUUAUACCAACCACCUAAACAACCAAGGGCAAUUCUCAUCGCAUCCCUGCGUUUCCCCACGUGGGAUUGUCGGGCACCGGCACAUGCCCACCUCUCAAAUGCUUUAAAUACAGUCUCUGUGGCAGGGCAUGGGGUAGGGGGUGGUGGGGAAUGUAUAGCAUUGACGUUCUACCCAGAGAAAUGGAAUCGUGGAGAAUGAAAGGAAUGAGGUUCUCCUUUGGCGAGCAAAUCUGUACCCAGUUCAUGAUGGACUUUGUGACCCCCAGUUUGGGAGUGGUUACUUUGAAGAGUUGCCACUGUAUUGUGUCAUUUCCUGAUGCCGAUCUCCGAUCUUUUGUUUCAUUGAAAAUAAUUAGUGCGAGGGGUUGUGUCAGUUUGUGAAGUGUUUAGCCCAUGAGCCUGAGGUCAUGGCACACAGACCCCUCCGUGCCUACGGUGUCCUGGUACCUUGUGUGCGUUCAUUAAAAAAUAAUAAAAACAGUUGUAAACAAAC